AUGCGUGAGCUGCUUACUGAAGAGAGAGAGCAUCUCAUUGCCUUCUGCUUGCUAAGUGGGAGUUGUGCUCCUUAUGGCAAUUCCUAUCAAAGGAGGACACCUACCCGAAGAUUUCCCAAGGUGCUUAUAGUUCCUACAAAGGAACAACCCAUCUUCAGUACCCGAGCUCAUGUCUUCCAGAUUGACCCAAACACUAAGAAGAACUGGGUUCCCACCAGCAAGCAUGCUGUUACUGUGUCCUACUUCUAUGACAGCACAAGAAAUGUCUACAGGAUAAUCAGUUUGGAUGGCUCAAAGGCAAUAAUAAAUAGCACUAUCACCCCCAACAUGACAUUUACUAAAACAUCCCAGAAGUUUGGCCAGUGGGCAGACAGCAGGGCGAAUACAGUCUAUGGCUUGGGAUUUUCUUCUGAACAUCAUCUUUCAAAAUUUGCGGACAAAUUUCAGGAAUUCAAAGAAGCUGCACGACUAGCAAAGGAAAAAUCCCAAGAAAAGAUGGAGCUAACGAGCACGCCCUCGCAAGAAUCAGCUGGAGGGGAUAUUCAGUCUCCUUUAACGCCCGAAAGUAUUAAUGGAACAGAUGAUGAGAGAGCAACGCCAGAAGUGACACAGAACUCAGAACCAAGGGCUGAACCAACCCAGAACGCAUUGCCAUUUACACAUAGUUCGACAAUCAGCAAGCAUUGGGAGGCAGAACUGGCCACGCUCAAGGGUAAUAAUGCUAAGCUCACAGCAGCCCUGCUGGAGUCCACUGCCAAUGUCAAACAAUGGAAGCAACAGCUUGCUGCGUAUCAGGAGGAAGCAGAACGUCUUCAUAAGCGGGUGACGGAGCUAGAGUGUGUGAGCAGUCAAGCCAAUGCAGUCCACACACAUAAAACAGAAUUAAACCAGACAAUACAGGAAUUAGAAUCUACCCUGAAGAAAAAAGAAGAGGAAAUAGAAAGAUUAAAACAAGAAAUUGAGAAUGCCAGAGAGCUCCAGGCGCAGCGGGAUUCUCUGACCCAGAAGUUACAGGAAGUAGAAAUUCGAAACAAAGACCUGGAAGGACAGCUGUCUGAUCUAGAGCAACGUCUGGAGAAAAGUCAGAAUGAGCAAGAAGCUUUUCGCAAUAACUUGAAGACACUUUUAGAAAUUCUUGAUGGAAAAAUAUUUGAACUAACAGAAUUACGAGAUAACUUGGCCAAGCUAAUAGAAUGCAGCUAAAGGAAAUGGGAUUUCAGUGCCAAUGAGCUUAAAGAUGCACUGUCUCUCUUCAUAGGACUGUGUUGGGCUCUGCAUCAAAGUUGCACAAAAUUAGGAAAUGCUCCUCUAAGAGGGCUUGUUUGAAAUUUGAAUCACAUUUGAGUGUAAAAUUUAGAACUCAGCGUGUAGCUAGUUGAAGAAAAAAACACACAAAAAAACUUGAACUACAAAUUACCUCCGUGUACAUUAUUGGCCAUAGAUAACUUGAGAGAUAUUAACAGUAAUUGAAUGCAAUCCUUUUCUGAUUAUUAGUGAUGGAAGAAUUAGCAGUGUCCCAGGUCACAUCCCCUUUUUGUUUUAGACACUAUAAGUUAUCUGCUGUUUUAUUUAUUUAAGAUAUUUGAUUGCUGUGUUUUGUGCAAAAACUUAGUGAUGACAGCCCUGUAUUUUGUUGUAAUCCUAAUAAUUUCUCAGGAUACUUUGCACUGUUGAGAAGCAGUGCUGUUACCA